AUGUUAUCAUCAUCACAGAAAAAAAAAGACGAAGAAAAAGAGAAAAAAUUUUUAGGAAGAUUAACUUAUAAGUUAGAUUAUGAUUUUGAUAAGAAUGCUUUAACAGUAACAAUUAUAUCUGCUGAACAGUUACCUGCAAUGGAUUUAGGUGGAACUAGUGAUCCAUAUGUUAAAUUAUUUUUAAUGCCUGAUAAAAAAAAGAAAUUUCAAACAAAAAUUCAAAGAAAAUCAUUAAAUCCUGUCUUUAAUGAAUCAUUUACAUUUAAGAUACCAUAUAAUGAAUGUAGUGGGCAAACAUUAAUUUUAAAUAUUCUUGAUUUUGAUCGUUUUGGUAAACAUGAUUCUAUUGGUCAGGUGUCAGUGCCUCUUGGAAAGGUUGACUUAGCAACAACAAUUGAAAGAACUGAUGAAAUUGAAUCACCACCAGAGAAUCGUCUUGGUGAAGUUUGCCUAGCAUUACGAUAUGUUCCCAACAAAAAUAAACUAUCAGUUGUUGUUAUGGAAUGUAAAAAUUUAAAAAAGAUGGAUGUUUUAGGUUUAUCAGACCCAUAUGUAAAAAUUUAUCUUAUGCUUCAAAAUAAAAGAUUAGAAAAGAAAAAAACAACAAUAAAAAUGAAAACACUAAAUCCAUAUUAUAAUGAGUCUUUCAGUUUUGAAAUACCACCAGAAAAGAUGCAGGAAAGUUUAUAUAGAGUUCAUUUACAAAUAACUGUCUCAGAUUAUGACAGAGUAGGAUCUAAUGAACCAAUAGGACAAGUAAUUAUAGGCAAUUGUGCAACUGGAAUAGGAUUAAAACAUUGGCAGGAUAUGCUUCAAACACCAAGAAGAAGUGUUGCAAUGUUUCAUACAUUAAUGCCGUUAAAUGAUGAUUAA